UCUCUUGCUGUAAUCUACAAUUUACUUCUUUCUGCAGAUUCUGAAACAUCCUACUACUAUUUAAGGAUUCAAACAUUCACCAUGCCACCAAAACUUGCUAAGAAUUGAAAAUGAACAUCAGUUUCUUAUUAUGGCAUGCGUGCUUUCUACUGUAUCUAGGGGAUACCCUACAAGCUUUGUCGUAUGACUAUUCAGCAACAACGGAGUGUCUGGAGGAAGCUUGGAAGGUUCAAUAUGGUGGAGGAAUCAUACAAAAUCCAGAAUUCAAUAAUGGUGUUGAAGGAUGGACUGUGUUUGGACAAGGACAGCUCGAAGAAAGAAUAACUAAAGAUGGGAACAGGUUCAUCGCGGCUCUUAACAGAACUUACCCAUCUGAUAGCCUCUCUCAGAGAGUUCAGCUUCAGAAAGGAAAAAUUUACACCUUUUCAGCAUGGAUUCAGAUAAGCAAAGGCAGUGAAAUUAUAUCUGUAAAAUUUAGAAGCUCUAGUGGUAAUUACCUCCAUGGAGGUACAGUGAUUGCUGAACAAGGAUGCUGGAGUAUGCUUAAAGGCGGAAUAGUUGCAAAUUUUUCAGGCCCCGUUGAUUUAACUUUCGAGACCAAGAACACACUUGAUGAAAUCUGGGUAGAUAACGUCUCUUUGAGACCUUUUACUAAGAAGCAAUGGCAAUCACACCAAGAAAAAACCAUUGCAAAGGUGAGAAAGAGUAAGGUGAAAUUCAAUGUGACAAAUAAAGAUAACAAUGAAUUAGCAGGAGCAAAAAUUACUCUGAAGCAAAUAAAAUCAGGUUUUCCUACAGGAUGUGAAAUAAACCAGAAUAUCCUAAACAACAGCAAGUAUCAAGAUUGGUUUGCCUCAAGAUUUUCGGUCACUGCUUUUGGGAAUGAAAUGAAAUGGUACUUUACAGAAAAAAUACGAGGGCAAGAAGACUACACCAUACCCGAUGCCAUGCUACAAUUUUGUGAGCAGAAAAAAAUUGAUGUUCGAGGUCACAACAUUAUAUGGGAUGAUCCUACAUUUCAACCUACAUGGAUAAAUGGUGAAACCAGUCCACAGGAGUUAAAAGAUGCAGCUGAAAAGAGGAUGAAAUCAGUUGUUUCAAGGUAUAAAGGCAGAUUAAUUCAUUGGGAUGUUGUGAAUGAGAACUUGCAUUUUAGCUUUUAUGAGAAUAAGCUUGGUGAAAAUGUUUCAGCAGAGUUUUAUGCUAGAGCAUAUGAACUUGAUCAAAAGCCGGUUUUGUUUAUGAACGAGUAUAACACGAUAGAGUUUAGUCGAGAUGAAUACUCAAUACCAGCAAAAUAUGCUAGAAAGUUGAAGAACACCAUAUCAUAUUAUGAGGAAAAAAGUGGUGGUAAUGAAACAUUGCCCAUGGGAAUAGGGGUGCAAUCGCGGUUUGGCCCUGGUCAGCCCAAUAUUGCCUAUAUGAGAGCAGGAAUGGACUACUUAGCUUCAAUGGGAUUCCCUCUAUGGCUUACUGAACUCUUUGUCGAUAAAGGGGAGAACCAGGCAGAGUAUCUGGAGGAUGUGCUAAGGGAGGGAUAUUCACACCCUGCAGUGGAAGGGAUAGUGAUAUGGCCAACUUCACCAUUUGGCAGUGAAUGCAAGAUGUGCUUGACUGAUUUAAACUUCAACAACACACCAAAUGGAGAUGUAGUUGAUAAGCUAAUUGAGGAGUUUAGGAGCUCGAAAUCAUUGGAAAUCUCUGCCAAUGUUCAAGGAAUUUCUGAAGCUGUGUUGCUAAAUGGGGAUUAUCAAGUUACUGUAAGGCAUCUUGAGACAAAUUCUUAUGCGAAGUUGAAGCUGAAGGUGACUGGGAAUUCAGCUGACUUUGUGCAUGUUCAACUUGAUGCAUUUGAUCCCCAUGUCUGUAUGUAAAUAGAAUUGUUGUUAGCAUUCUGAAAAUACAGGAAUUAUUUUAAAUCUGCAUUUCAUGACUACCAACUUUUUUUCUUCUU